CCAUGACCUGCGCACAAACUAUAAGUGCAUCACGAGCAGGGAUGAACUUGGAAAGAAUCUCAAGUCUCUUGAAAUGGAUCCCACCAUCCUUUCUUGAUGCAGUCAAGGCGUUUGGUGUCAAAGCGACUGUCCUGGUUAGCAGUUUCGCCUUUUUGUCUCUCUCUCUCUUGAGCUUUCGUUCUUUCUUUACGACUUGCAUUGCAAGCAUUCGUCACCGCACGCGUUACAUUUUGACAUGACACUCCUGCGUAGAUUUUGAAACUUCUCGGGAUUAUGCGUUUGUCCAGGUUUGCAACAAAGGAUCUUUACCUUUUUACAGACUCUCAAGGUUGUCAGGGCGACAGGCCUCAAGAAGAAAGAGCUCAAGUAUGGAAGUCUGCCCAUACUUGAGGCUGGUCCUCGGUGAAGGACCGUUUGCCAAAUCCAGAAUGGAACGAAACCUGUCAUGUUCUGGAUCCAGAAUCUCUUACAGAUCAUGGUGUCUCUAAUGGAAAAGGGCUUAUGGAUCUUUGUACUGACAAAGCUGACUUCGCAGGACCUGAUCAUGGCCCAGAACAAUGGAACCAACGUCCUAGACGAGAGCGCCUGUUGGAAUGCUGGAAGUGAAGGCUGUCAGGGCGACUGGCCUCAGGAAAAAAGACUGGCUCAUAUGCACAACAGCAAACUUAAAUUGGCUUGCAGAUUAACAAGACAAUUGAAGCCUCGUGACUCACACAGCGUCGAAAAAGCUCCCGAAGGAUGUGGUUUGCCUGUCCAUGGUGUCGAAGAUUUGGAAAGCAAGCAUCACCGACAACCGUACGCGAGGCUCGCAUUUAGCAAAGGAAACCAAGGCUAUAAAGAAGAUCCUGGAUGGGAUCAAGAGUUCCAGUACCUUGUAGCGGAGCCACCAGUGGGCGAGUGGAAAGCAAUGGGAAAUGGAUACCACCUCCUUGUCGCGGAGCCCAACUUGAAGCAUGAGACUGACGGAUGGAGUGUUCAUUUUCAUGGUCGUUUUCUUCUUGACAAACUGUCCUUCACGAAUGACCAGCCUCGCGUAUGGGUCAGACUUCCCCACGAGGUCCAACCUUGACUUUCUGCAUUUCAACAGCCCUCUGAGAGGAGUACAUGUAUGACUUAAGUCUGUCUUCGAGUAGUCUAUGACGUUAAUUUCCGGGCCACAAGUACAUUUCU